AUGUACGACAGCACGUGCGGCGCCGCCGCUACAGGACAAUGCGGCAAGCCGCAGCGCGAGGGCGACGGGCCGCCGCCGCGCGAGCCCCCGCCGGCGCCUCUGGAGCGCGAUUACAGUGGCUUCGAUAUUGUUAAAGCAACGCAGUACGGGGCCUUUGCUCGAGUGAAAGAGUUAGUCGAGGCUGGCUGGGAUGUGAAUCAACCCGACCACGAAACUGUAACACUCCUACACUGGGCCGCUAUCAACAAUAGACGGGAGAUCAUCGAGUACCUGCUGUCGAAGGGCGCGAAGGUGGACGCCAUCGGCGGCGAGCUGCAGUCGACGCCGCUACACUGGGCCACGCGGCAGGGCCACCUGGAGGCCACGGUGCUGCUGGUGCGCGCCGGCGCCGACCCCGCGCUGCGGGACGCGGAGGGCUGCGCCUGCCUGCACCUGGCGGCGCAGUUCGGCCACACGGCCGUCGUGGCCUACCUGGUGGCGCGCGGCGUGCCGCCCGACGAGCCCGACGCCGGCGGCAUGACGCCGCUCAUGUGGGCCUGCUGGAAGGUGGCGGCCGUCGACCCCGCGCGCCUGCUGCUCACGCUGGGCGCGGCCACCAACCCGGUCGACCGCUCGCACGGCAACACGGCGCUGCACUGGGCCAUCCUGGCGCGCAACACCACGGCCAUCACCACGCUCAUCCUCUACGGCAACGCCAGCCUGGACGUGCCCAACCUCCGCGGGGUGACGCCGCUCACGAUGCUGCAGAGUAGCGCGGACUCGCUAUGGGUCGGCUCUAAAGUUUCCGACAAAAUAAAAGAACACGCUGUGAUAUCUUCUAAGAAGAAUAUUUUUCGCCGAUUGGCUUACGACAGAAAAUUCCGUUGGUGGUGCGUGGUGAGCAUCCCAUUCCUGGCGUUCUACCUCACGGGCCUGGUGCUGGAGAUGGACGUGAUGUAUCCGCUCAAGGCCUUCCUCCUCGUCUGCUUCUACGCCUUGCUCCACUUCCUGACUAACGCUCUCUUUGACGACGACCUCAAGAAUAUAUUUCCUCUCAGCGUCUAUCUAGCGACUAAGGUGUGGUUCUACAUCACGUGGCUGGCGUUCAUCGCGCCGGUGGUGAGCGGCGCCGCCACGGCCGGCUUCCUGCUGAGCUCGCUGGCGCUCUGGUACACCUUCCUGCGCUCCUGGCGCAGCGACCCCGGCGUCAUCACCGCCAGCCGCGCCGACAAGUUCCGCACCAUCAUCGAGCUGUCGGAGCGCGGCGGCGCCGGCGGCGGCUUCGAGCCGGCGCGCUUCUGCUCCGCCUGCCUGCUGCGGCGCCCGCUGCGCUCCAAGCACUGCUCCGUGUGCAACCGCUGCGUGGCCAAGUUCGACCACCACUGCCCCUGGGUCGCCAACUGCAUCGGCGCCGAGAACCACCGGUACUUCGUCGGUUUCCUGGUGAGCCUGGUGGUGAUGUGCGCGUGGAUGCUGUGGGGCGCGGCGCGCGCGUUCGCGGCCCGCUGCGGCGCGGCGGGCGGGCCGGGCGCGCUGCUCGCGUGGGCCAGCUGCGACCCCUGGCUCGCCUGGGUGUCGCUGAACGCCGCCUUCCACCUGUUCUGGGUGACGGUGCUGGCGUGCUGCCAGCUGUACCUCGUGGUGUGCCUCGGCAUGACGACCAACGAGCAGCUGAACCGCGGGCGCUACCGGCACUUCCAGGCGCGCGGCGGGCGCUCGCCCUUCUCGCGCGGCCCGCUCAACAACCUGGCGGACUUCCUGGGCUGCGGCCUGUGCGGGCUGCAGCCGCGCGCCCGCGACUGGGCGGCCGCCGGCCUGGACGACGACGCGGACGACGCGCCCAUGCUGUCGCCGCACCACUACGUGUGA